AAAACACGGGGAGCCGCCAGCUCCCAGCAGGGUGUGAGGCUGCAGGGUCGUCACCGCCUGGGCAGCUCUGUCUGGGGAGGGUCUGUGCCGCUGUGGCACCGGGUGUAGAAGAGCUGCGUGAAAACGCCUGCUGACAGCUAACUCCAGAGUGGGACAGCUGACUGACACCGCACAGUCAGCCCGGCCCGUCACGGAGACAUCUCGGUGCGCUUUUUGUAGCGAAUAGCAGCACGCUUUGUAGUCUGUUUUUGCCCUGUCUGAGCUGAGGCGGGGCUCGGCCGUGCGGUGAAGCCGCACAGAAGCGUUCGUGCCCUGCUUUACCCUGCCCGGGGCUGCCCUGCUCUGGGCGACUGCCAGCUGCAGAUUGCUCGGAAAUGCAGAGCCGCUAGAAAAUAAAAUAAAAUAAAAUAAAACACUGGUUAUGUCAUUUCUUAGCCGUAAGAGUACAGUAUCAUUAUUCUUGACAGCUACCAAGUGUCUGAGCUGUGUCAUUGUUCUGUAAGAUAGGUGAGGGUAGUACCCUGCAAACUGACCUUUUCCCUCGUGAUUCGUGACCCAUUUUCGGUGCCCGGGUAUGAAUUUGAAUUACUAGCAGGAGCACUUUCCACUGGAAAAACUUUCCAUUUCAGCAUUUCGCAGUGAAACUGCAGCAAUUCUUUGCAAAUUGAAAACAAUGUGGUUUUUCCUUCCACUUUCACACACGUUUCAAAAUUUCAGAGCAAAGCUGAAAUCAACACUGAAGUUACUCUUUAGGGCAGCCCGUUGUUACUUUCCUAUUGUAACAACCUGUUUUGAUUUCUUAAUUACUUUUGAAAUUGUUAACUUGAAGCCAAAUUAUAUUAAAACAUUGCAGGAAGUCAUAGAAUUUGUAAUGUAUUUUAAGUACAGAACACUUCUUAAAUGAACUCUUAGGUUUUCUCAUUUAUGUAAUAUCACUGAUAUGCAAUGUAAAUAGGGUUAGAUGCAAUAGCUGCAAUAUUACAAUGUAAUUUUUUUCACAUUUAUGAGCGAAAAGCCUCAAACUGCUGCCUGGUUUACUUAUUUUCCAGUUAGAAGUGUAGUAUCUGUUUAUUUGGCUGGAGGUUGAAACACUUUCUCAAUGUCUUUUUCAUUUUUUUUUUUUCCCCUCUCUUUCCAAAUCUGUUGCUCAGUACUGGAGCUGCAUCUUUCUAGAACUGCUUUGGAAGUCGCAUGCAGGAAUACUCUCCUGCUGUUCUCUUCUACUAUGUUUGUACUGUUUAGACCUAGAGGAUGACCCCCAUAAAAGGAUGAGCUUGAAAGGAAAGAGAGUUUAGCUAACAAUGUCAUCUACACUGAAUCAGAAAGAAAUGACUGGCAACCAAAAUUCAUGGGAUAGUUUGUUACCAGACUUCCCUAGAGGCCCACUUUCCACAUAUCGUAAGAAAGCGUCCUUCAACUGGAAGGAGAUGGCAGUGUUCAUAGAUGGUGAAGAUGUUAUCCAGCUGAAGAAUAGAAUCUUCUCUGCUCUGGAAAAUGAUCCUCUCUUUGCACAUCAUCCUGGAGAAGAUUUGUGCCGUGAGAAAUAUCAGGAGCUGACAUUCCUGCGCUGUAAAAGGCUCUUUGAGUAUGACUUUCUUACUCAGCAAGAGGCGAUGGAGAACCCAUUGAGGGUUUUUAAUAUGAUGCUCUCAUUAGGAAUGUACGAUUGGUCUCUAUGUAUCCAGCUUUUCUUACAUUGUGGUGUAUUUGCAGGUCCAAUUAUGAGUGCUUCUAAGAGAUUUGCACACAUUUUGAAACAAAUUUAUAGCAUGGAGAUUUUUGGAUGUUUUGCUCUGACUGAACUCAGCCACGGAACUAACACCAAAGGCAUACGGACUACAGCUACAUUUGAUCCUAGCACUCAGGAAUUUGUCAUCAAUACACCUGACUUUGAAGCUGCAAAGUUCUGGGUUGGUAAUAUGGGAAAACAUGCCACUCAUGCAGUUUUGUAUGCCCAGCUCUAUACUCCUGAUGGACAGUGCCAAGGUUUACAUUCCUUUAUUGUACAGAUUCGAGAUACAAAAACUCUCCUACCAAUGCCAGGUGUGAUGGUAGGUGACAUAGGAAAGAAACUUGGGCAGAAUGGGUUGGAUAACGGAUUUGCCGUGUUCCACAAUGUCAGAAUACCAAAAGAAAACAUACUGAAUAUAGCUGGAGAUGUCACAGCUGAGGGGAAGUACUCAAGUUCUAUCAAGGAGGUUAAAGAACGUUUCAGUGCAGCUCUGGGAUCCUUGUCCACUGGCAGAAUUAUGAUCACAGGCAUUUCUGUGACCAAUUUAAAGCUUGCCUUGGCAAUAGCCAUACGCUUCUCAGCAGCUCGCCGUCAGUUUGGACCAACUGAGGAUGAAGAAAUUCCUGUUCUUGAGUAUCAAACACAGCAAUGGCGUCUUUUACCUUAUCUGGCUGCUGCAUAUGCUUUAGAUUAUUUCUCAAAGUCAAUAUUUGAGAACUUUGUAGAGUUUUUUGCAGGUGUGUUGACAAAGCAAAGGAAUCAGAGACAGGCUGAUUUAGGACGUGAGAUUCAUGCUUUAUCUGCUGCCAGCAAACCACUGGCGUCUUGGACUGCUCAGCAGGCAGCCCAGGAGUGCCGAGAAGCUUGUGGAGGACAUGGUUACCUUGCCAUGAAUCGUCUGGGUGAAAUCCGAAAUGACAAUGAUCCAAACUGUACAUAUGAGGGAGAUAACAACGUCCUGCUUCAGCAAACCAGCAACUACUUAAUGAGCUGGAUGAAUUGCAUAAGAGAUAAAGCUACUUUUGAAUCUCCUUUGGGAACAAUAAACUUUUUGCAAGACUACCAUCAUAUCCUUGGCUGGAAAUUCACAGCCAUUAGUGUUGAAGAUUGCAUGGACUCCUCAGUUCCUUUAGCAGCUUAUAAAUGGCUGGUUUGCUACCUGCUGCGAGAAAGUGACCUAAAAAUGAAUAAGGAGAAGCAGACUGGACGAAGUGAUUUUGAGUCAAAAAACAACUGUCAGGUGUACUACUGCCGGUCCCUGGCUAUUGCUUUUAUUGAGCAAGCAGCGUUGCAGCGCUACCACGACUACACCCACGAUCCCAGCGUCCCAGCAGCUCUGCAGCCCGUGCUUAGGAACCUCAGUGCUCUCUAUGGGCUCUGGUCCUUGAGUAAACACCUGGCUGUCCUCUACCAAGGUGGCUAUGCUUCAGGUGAACAACCUGGGAAACUUAUUCAGGAUGCUAUUCUGGAGCUCUGCUACAGGUUGAAAGAUGAUGCAGUUGCCUUGGUUGAUGUCUUUGCUCCUUCUGACUUCAUUCUCAAUUCUCCCAUUGGUAAAGCAAGUGGAGAGUUAUAUAAAAAUAUGUGGGGAGAGAUCCUUCAAGGCAACAAAGCUCUGAACAGAGCUUCAUGGUGGGCAGAAUUUUGCAUUAACAAACCUGUUAUAGGCAGACUGAGGUCAAGAUUGUAAACCAAACAACUUUUAAGACUCUGGAUGGGCCUGAGAUGGAUACCUUGUUACAAACAUCAGGAGGAAAUCAGACCAUAUGUCUAACGCUGAAAAUGGAAGAGAUUUUCAUUGAGAGGUGCCAAGUUUUAAAAUAACUUUGAAAUCAAGCUUGAUCUGAGGGACUGUUAACAAAAUAAUGACAAGAGCAAGAGCAACACGUCUGCACACUAUACAUAUUUACUCAAUUAAAUUUUUAAAAUAUGAAGAUUUAUUAUAAUCACUGCUUUGCAAAGUUUAUAUUAAAAAAAAAUUCCAAUCA